AUGUGUUACAGCCACAGAGCCGUGAGUUUGGACCAGUGCGGCUUCAGCUGUGAGCUCAUAACUGCCUCCAAUAAGAACGGGCCCAAAAUAGAAAAUCUGGGGGAAAAGAGACGAGAAAUAAACUGGAAUAUCCUGUUUCUGAAACUGAGGCGCUGGAAUCCUCCGUUGUUGGAGAAGAGUAAACAAGAGCAGAGUAAACAAGAGCAGAGUAAACAAGAGCAGAGUAAACAAGAGCAGAGUAAACAAGAGCAGAGUAAACAAGAGCAGAGUAAACAAGAGCAGAGUAAACAAGAGCAGAGUAAACAAGAGCAGAGUAAACAAGAGCAGAGUAAACAAGAGCAGAGUAAACAAGAGCAGAGUAAACAAGAGCAGAGUAAACAAGAGCAGAGUAAACAAGAGCAGAGUAAACAAGAGCAGAGUAAACAAGAGCAGAGUAAACAAGAGCAGAGUCAGAGGUAA